UAUUUCGUUUUCAAUUUGUAUAAUUUCAGAUCUAUACCCUGAUAUGUCCACAAUGAACCCUGAAUAUGAUUAUCUAUUUAAACUUCUGCUCAUCGGAGAUUCUGGAGUUGGCAAAUCUUGUCUUCUACGUAGGUUUGCCGAUGACACGUACACAGAGUCGUAUAUUUCUACUAUUGGAGUAGAUUUCAAGAUUAGGACAAUAGAACUCGACGGGAAGACAAUUAAACUCCAGAUUUGGGACACCGCAGGACAGGAGAGGUUUAGGACUAUUACCUCCAGCUACUACCGCGGAGCACACGGAAUUAUUGUUGUGUAUGAUGUAACCGAUCAGGAAUCCUUCAAUAAUGUCAAGCAGUGGCUACAGGAGAUUGACCGGUAUGCUAGUGAGAAUGUGAACAAACUGCUGGUUGGAAACAAGUGUGAUCUCACCAAUAAGAAGGUUGUUGAUUACUCCUCUGCCAAGGAGUACGCUGACCAGCUUGGAAUACCUUUCUUGGAAACCUCGGCUAAAAACGCGACUAAUGUAGAGCAGGCGUUUAUGACCAUGGCCGCCGAGAUCAAGAAUAGGGUUGGACCCGCAGCAGCUAACCAGGCCGGAUCCGCAGGAGUAAAAAUAGAUUCUAAACCUGUUGAAGCUAAGUCAAGUGGAGGAUGCUGUUAGGUUGAUUUUGAUGAGAAAA